ACCACCUACGCCAGAGCGAAAGGUUUUUGUCUUGUUGCUUUGUGCGAUCUGUUCUGCGUCUGCGUCCCGUUCUUGUGGCUAAAAAGAAAGAAAGGCAAGCGAACGUAUUUCGCUCCGUGUUCGUGCUUUAUCUUAAAUUCGAAAUAAUAUACAAAAAUGUCUCACAGUGCGUACCUGCUGUGUGUGCUGUUUUUAGGCGCCAGUUGCCUGGUUUUUAGUGCGAGUGCUGCGCGGAGUUAUGGAAAGGGUUACAAGACAACCACCACGACGACCACGAUCGCGCCACCCCAGACGCCCAAGGAAUAUCUGGACAGUCAGCCUGGAAUCUCCACCUUCGGCAUCAUCGCCAUUAUCUUCACCGUUAUCGUUCUUUGCCUGAUAUUUUACUACGGUAUCAUUUGCUACCCCUUACUGUGCCGGGAUGAGAAGAAAUAUCGGUUUAUGGACGUAUCCUCGACUAUUACCGCCGCCACUUCGCGCUCCAUUCAGUCCAUAGAGAAUUAUCCCGACCAGAAACACCACCAUCAGUUGGCCUGAUUUAAGGUCUAACCAUCCGAAGGAUCGUGGUUUAGUUUAACUUCUAUUUAGUAACUCGAAAAAGACUUCAAUGGCAGCCAGAAACGAAAAUCCAUAAGUAUGAUUCAGAUUUAAGUCCUGAGCGAAACCGACAAGAAAUAUCUCUCGAAAAUUUUGAUUUAUUUAACUAAUUUACACAGGAAACUUGAUUCAAACAGUUACAAUCUCUUUGCAUAUACUUAUACCACAAGAAGUUUACCCAUUAUAUUGCUAAUAUGUGUUUAAAAUUUUAAACAUUUCAUUCAAAAAUUCCUCAAAUUCUAUAAUUUAUACCUUAAUAUUUCCUGUCUUUUGCACUUAGGACUAUAGUAUUACAUAUAAAAAUAACCAAUUGAGGAGUUCGCUGGAAAGGAAAUUAAUCAUUCAUAAUUGUAAAUUGGGUUUCCUACGCAUCCCCGACCGUUUCUUUAUCUGUUGUUUCUCUUAAUCCCAGACUCAACAAGUUUGGCCUGUCCUCCGACCCUUUUUACCCUGUCCCUCGUGCAUCUUUGGCCCUUUUUAUUUCUUUUUAUGCAGGUAGUUUUAGCCGUUUACACACCGCUUUGUCUUCGUUUUCUUUUUUUGGACAAAACCAAAGUGUGGCAAUUGAGUCACGUUGCCCGUUUGUUUUUUUCGAAAUCUCAAGGAAUUUGGCAAUCUUUUUAUAUGUAAACCCUCUUGCGGCCUAAUUUGCAUGCAGAAUCGAAUUAACAGACGUACUCUUUGUGAUGCCGCGAAUUUGCCGAUCCCCCGUCCCUACAAACACACAGGUUGUACUUAAGUCGAAACCAAGUACUUAAUAAAUAUAUCAUGCCAAUCAUAGAAUAAGCGCCAAUCUGCCACCACGAAUACAUUUAAGCAAUUUUCAAUUUGUGCAUUUAGACGAAAAUAAGUAUCCUUCUAUACAAUGUGUCAAAAUACGUUUUUAGACGUUACCUAGAGUUAAGCCUAUCAAAUUUUAUCUAUACAAAUCUUUUUUGGACAUUUUUAUGCGAUUUUUUACAAAAAAUAAAAGAUUUUACCGUAACCACUGGUGAAAAGAAAAUACAUAUUAA